CAACCGUUGAUGAGCAAGUAGAGAUUAGGUGGUAUAAGGUUAUGUGAUGGCUAAGAGUAGGGACAGAACCGAAGAUUUUAGGGAAGCUACCCGUGCGACAGCUCUCUCUUUUGGCUACGACGAGGCCAAAUUGGUUGCGCUCUUGGCAUCCUUCAUUUUGCGCAAACCCUUGGAGAAACCUCCAUUUGAAAAAGCUGCAAUUAAGACGCUUGAAAGUAUUUCAAAAUUGGAACACUUCAUCACUAAGCAUCGGAAAGAUUAUGUGGAUCUGCAUCGAAUCACUGAACAGGAGAGGGACAACAUUGAACAUGAAGUACUUGAUCCAACCAUGAGGCCGAGUAUAAAAGAGCUUUAAAAGGCUUCAAAUCGAGUGUUUCUAAACAUGUAACCAUUAUCGGUUGGCUAUCAAAUGGCUGUUCUUUCUGUUUAAU